GUCUCUCACGUUGGUACCUGAGUGGUAUGUCACAGCCAGACUGUGUCCAAUUUCCACUUUGGAUUUAACAGUCUAGCCAAGGGGCGGGUCCUGCUAACAGCUCUACUUCUUGUGAUCUGUAUCAGCACAAAGGCGUUCAGUACAGAGGAAUGGUGACAGCUGAGAGAGAGGAACUCUAUGAACAGUCGCAGCCAUGAAGGAAAUAGCCAUCUGCAGAAGAAGAUGGAGUUAUUUCUGUGUACAGCUGUGAAAGGAAAAGAGCAUGACACAAAAAGAAAAGCUCCAAAGCCUAAAGGACUUUCACAAGGAUACUCUAAAACCAUCACCAGGGAAGAGUCCAGGGACACGACCAGAGGAUGAGGCCGAAGGCAAGCCUCCCCAGAGGGAGAAGUGGGCCAGUAAGCUCGACUUUGUCCUGUCUGUGGCAGGAGGCUUCAUUGGAUUAGGAAAUGUCUGGCGGUUUCCUUACCUUUGUUAUAAAAAUGGUGGAGGUGCAUUUCUCAUACCUUACUUCAUCUUCCUGUUCGGGGGUGGCCUACCUGUGUUCUUCCUUGAGGUUGCACUGGGCCAGUACACCUCUGAGGGAGGGAUUACCUGUUGGGCCAAGCUCUGCCCCAUCUUUGCUGGUAUUGGCUAUGCCUCAAUUGUAAUAGUAUCUCUGCUAAACAUCUACUACAUCGUGAUCUUGGCCUGGGGACUCUACUACUUGUUUCAGUCCUUCCAGGUGGAGCUUCCCUGGGCAAAAUGCAAGCAGCCCUGGAACACGGAGCGCUGCGUGGAGGACACAGUCCGCAAGAAUAUGACCCUCUGGCUGGCAUCCAAUGUUACCAACUUUACCUCCCCUGUCACCGAGUUCUGGGAACUCAAUGUCCUGAGCAUCUCCUCUGGGAUCGAGGACAUCGGGCCCUUGAAGUGGGAUCUCGCCCUGUGUCUCCUAGCAGUGUGGGUUAUCUGCUUCUUCUGCAUCUGGAAAGGAGUCAGGUCAACUGGGAAAGUGGUGUACAUAACAGCGACCUUCCCAUUUGUGAUGCUGGUUGUGCUAUUGAUACGUGGAGUGACCCUUCCUGGAGCAGCUGAAGGGAUCAAAUUUUACCUUUACCCUAACCUGACCCGCCUAAAGGAUCCAGAGGUGUGGAUUGAUGCAGGAACCCAGAUUUUCUUCUCCUAUGCCAUUUGCCUGGGAGCCAUGACGUCACUGGGGAGCUACAACAAUUACAAAUACAACUGCUACAGGGACUGUUUGCUGCUGGGAGCCCUCAACAGUGGUACCAGUUUUGUGUCUGGCUUCGCAAUAUUUUCCGUCCUGGGCUUCAUGGCACAAGAACAAGGGGUGGACAUUGCCGAUGUGGCAGAGUCAGGUCCUGGCUUGGCUUUCAUUGCCUACCCUAAAGCUGUGUCCAUGAUGCCACUGCCAACCCUUUGGGCCAUCUUCUUCUUUAUCAUGCUUCUGCUUCUGGGCCUUGACAGCCAGUUUGUUGAAGUGGAAGGACAGAUCACCUCUAUUGUGGAUCUGUAUCCAUCCUUCCUCAGGAAGGGUUAUCGGCGAGAGAUCUUCAUAGCCGUGAUGUGUUUCAUAAGCUGUAUCCUGGGACUUACCAUGGUAACAAAAGGUGGCAUGUAUGUGUUUCAACUCUUUGACUACUAUGCAGCCAGUGGUGUGUGCCUUUUGUGGGUUGCGUUUUUUGAAUGCAUUGCUGUAGCCUGGGUUUAUGGAGCUGAUAACUUCUAUGAUGGAAUUGAGGAUAUGAUUGGCUACAGACCAAACCCAUGGAUGAAAUGGAGCUGGACCAUAAUCACACCCGUCCUCUGCGUGGGUUGCUUUGUCUUCUCCCUGGUGAAGUACAAACCCUUAAGAUACAACAAGGUCUAUCAGUACCCUGACUGGGCCAUCGGCCUAGGCUGGUGUUUGGCCCUGGGCUCCAUGAUCUGCAUCCCCAUGGUGAUGGUCAUCAAGAUCUUACAGUCUGAUGGAUCCCUGAUUGAGAGGAUCAAAGCAGUGGCAGCUCCGGCACAGUCAGGUGUGAGCUCUCGCCCGAAAGAGAACAACGUGAAAGGCAAUGAGCUGACACAGCCCCUGGACCCAAAUGAAAACAAAGGUUUAAUUAAGCCCACCCACACUGUUGUAGAAACAAUAAUGUGAGCACUUUGUGUGAAAGGAAUAAAACUGAUGUGCUUUCUGUUUUCAUUAUUUGCUAACUUUAAUAGUGGUAAGUUUUCAUUUUCCAAUAUAUUCACAUUAGAGAAAUGAUGGUUUGAUUUCUAUGAAGAGAGUUAUACAGUACUGUUGUAUUUUUUAUUAUUAUACUGUAUCAAUAUUGUUGUUGUAGUUGGAAUUGAUUUUGUUGUUUAUGGAGAGAUGGUGGAAUUUUUCAUCAAUUCAGUGAAACAACAAAUUAACCUCCAGGGGUGGGUCUAGAAGAUUUUUGAAAAGAUGGCCAGUCUGGGGCAUAGACUCAAAGAGUGGACACGCAAAGCAAGCCCGACUGGACCCAUCGGUUCAUGCUGGGUUCAGACGGAAAUUUAGAUAUUAUGUUUGGGUCCAGGUCGGGUUUGAUCACGUGUCAAACGUUAAACAGGUAGAACCCUCAAAUGUCUGCUUUGUUUAAUGAAAAGGGGGAAAACAUCAUAUAAACUGUAUUGGGCACAAGAUGGGUUCAGACAAAAGUACCUGGCCCGAUCCAUACUCCAGCACAUAUUAAGAAUAAAAUUAUUCUCUUUAAAAAUGAGAAAGGGAAGUGGCAAUUUUAGAAUAUGUGUUGUACAUUGGCUGUGUGAAUUGUGUGAAUACUAUAGUAAUUCCCAGUGCAUUUAUUGAAAGGUCUCUUCGCACUUUAUGUGGUUUCACCUUUGCUGCAGUAUUUGUAUUUAUUGCAAGGUAUUACAAUACAUUUAUAACACAUUUGAUAAAGGAGUGUUUUUAGCUUCUAAAUUUUUGAUAUAAUAGAACAUUUCGUCUCUUUGCUAAUGUCAAAAUAGAGUAGAAAUCAGACAUCAGUUAAUCUGGUUAAUUAGUAGUAGGCUCUGUGAGAAUACCACUUCAAGUAAAAACAGUACUUUUUUGUAAACCUGUGCUCAUUUCAGUAAACUACCACUGGACUGUUAUUUCUAAUGUUUGGUUUGGACAUUUGUAUGUAGAAUCUGAAUAGUUUGUAAAUCACAUAUGUUUUUGUAAUAAUUUUAUACUGUUUAUCACAGGAUCACCAUCACUAAUUAAUUAUUUUACACAAAGCUCAACAUUUCAUUUUAUAAAUACUGAAUAUAUUGAAAGUCUGGAUUACUAUUUUUUAGAGUGCAAUAUGGAUUGAGGCAAUGGCAUUGUACUGUACAAAAUGCAUCAGCAAAUAAAAAAAAGUUCAUGUUCAAUAACAAAAUGUGCAGCUAAAUAUAAAAUUUCAAUGUUUUCUGCAGUAUGUACAAAUUCAAAUGUACCAAAGUAAUUUUCUCCCAGUCCCCUUUGAGAUGCACAUUGCAUCAUUUAUAUGUAGAUUAGAAAUAAACAUUUUUCCUUUG